CCCCUUUCAAUAGCAUGACUGCUCUCUCUCUAACUUCCUCUCAAAAAAGUAUCAUGGAUCUGAAGGACUACUUUAGAAGGAUUGGGUUCAGUGGCCGGUAUGAGAAACCUGACCUGGCCACGCUCUCCACCGUGCACAAGCUGCAUGUGCUGAGCAUUCCCUUUGAAAAUCUCAGCAUCCACUGUGGAGAGAAGAUCACUAUGGACCUGCAAGUCAUAUAUGACAAAAUUGUUCACAGCCACCGUGGAGGAUGGUGCUGUGAGAACAACUUCCUCUUCUCCUGGGUUCUGAGAGAGAUGGGCUACAAAUACACUACACUGAGCUCCAAGGUCUUCAACUUGGUUAAGAACGAAUUCAAUCCCAAGGACACACAUCUCAUCAACCUGGUCGAGAUUGACGGCAAGCCUUACAUUUCUGAUGUGAGUUUUGGCGUGUGGGGCCAACUCUGGCACCCAAUAGAAAUGAUCGCAGGCAAGGACCAACCGCAGCCUGCAGGGGUGUUCUGCCUACUGAAUGACGGUGAGAGGUGGACCCUGGAGAAGACGGGGAGGAAACCGCUGGUCCUGAACGAGGCUUUUGCCAACUGCAGCCUUGUCAACAAGUGCCUGACGAAGACCAUGUACAGCUUCACGUUAACGCCACGCAGGCAUGACUAUUUUCUGGAGACAGUUGAAUACCUGCAGACCAGUCCUGAGUCUUUGUUCACCAAGAAAUCCAUCUGUUCUUUACAGUGUCCCACAGGCUUCAGAGCUUUGAUUGGUUGGACCUACUGUGAGGUCACAUUCAAGCCAGAAGAUGAUGUGGACAUCAUUGAUAUGAAGGACAUACCAGAUGGUGAGGUGGAGAUUGUACUAAGGGAAAAGUUUAAUAUUACUUUACUAAAUAAUCUGACACCUAAAAACCAGAUAGCUGCCUACAAUAUAUAGGAAAUAAGAGUGGGUUACAUAUGCUGGUGAUAUGAAGGACAUACCAGAUGGUGAAAUUAAAGGAAAGGUUUAACACUACUUUGGUAACUAAACCAUCACCCAAACAACCAAAUAUAGGAAAUGAAUGGGGUUUAUAUGUAGUGUUGUGCUUAUUUUUUUAAUCAGAUAUUUCUAGCUAAUCUAAACUGGACAUUUAAUUAAUUAGUGUAUUGUACUUUAUUUUGUAUUAACUGCAUAAUAUGCAAUUACAUUUUGUUUUCUUUUCUUGGCGAUGAGGUUUUCAGUCUAACCAUUACAAAGUUACAAAGUUUUAUUUGUCACGUACAUAGUCAUACAUGGUAGAGCUUGUGACUGCUCUGUCUGAGCUGAGGGGAUACAGUAUAUGCAUAAUAUAAUAUGAGU